AGAUUCUUCAGCUUCUCGUCUGUAACUGAGAAAACGUUGAAUGGAAACCACUCAGUCAGAAAAUUAAAAGAAAUAAGGCAGAACAUAUUGACAACCUUUUGAGAACACAGCUUAAGAAACAUCACCAUUUCAUCACUUUGUUGAUUAGAAGAGCUCACAGGGCUUUGAAGAAUGGCAGAUGAUCGGAAAGAUGAAGCGAAGGUGCCUCACUGGACCUCAGCUCAGCUGACGGAGGCACCUGCCCACCCACACUCACCCGAGAUUAAGGAUCAAGGCGGGGCAGGGGCCGGGCUUGUCCGCAGUGCCAAUGGAUUUCCAUACCGGGAGGAUGAAGAGGGCGCCUUUGGAGAACGUGGGUCCCGGGGCACCUAUUCAGAUACCAAAGAGAACGGGAUCAACGGAGAGCUGACCUCGGCUGACAGGGAGACAGCAGAGGAGGUUUCUGCAAGGAUAGUUCAAGUGGUCACUGCCGAGGCUGUCGCAGUACUGAAAGGUGAACAAGAGAAAGAAGCCCAGCAUAAAGAUCAGCCUGCAGCUCUGCCUUUAGCAGCUGAAGAGACAGCUAAUCUGCCUCCUUCUCCACCCCCAUCACCAGCCUCAGAAAAGACUGUAACAGUGGAGGAAGAAGAAGUGCUAGAGGGUCCAAUGGCUGAGAAAGAGAGACCUGAUACUACUUUUCCUGGGAAAGAGUGGGAGGCUGCUAAGGCCUCAGACUACCCCAGAGGCCUCAGUGAGGGCCACAUGGCCCCAGUAGUUCCUGAAGAGUGUGGUUCAGCAGGGGUUCUGCAGGAAAAAAGUGUAAAAGAGGUCGCAGAUGUGUCUCCAGAAGUGAAAACCCCUUCCUCUGCCAGGGAAGGUUUCCUUACAGCCUCGAAGAUGGAGUUCCUUGAUACACAGGAAUUGACUCCCUCUGCAACUGAGCCCUUAGACAAGAAGGAACAGGAGUCACUGAAAGAGAGGAAGCCUGGUGAAGACCUUAAAAAUGCUGCCUUAGUUUCUCAGCCUGAGACAACUAACAUUUCCCUUGAUACAAUGGACAUGCAAGCCACAAAAGAAGAAAAAGCACUCUCCCCUCCCUUUGGGCACACUUUGGGUGCCAGUCUUGAAGACAUGAAAGAGAAGACAGAACCAAGCCCAGUGGUGCCUGGUAUUGGUCUCUCUGCUGAACCUCUGACUCCAAAAGAACAAAAGGACUGGUUCAUCGAAAUGCCAAUGGAAGCGAAAAAGGAUGAAUGGGGUCUAGCUGCUCCAGUAUCUCCCGGUCCCCUGACACCCAUGAAAGAAAAAGAUGUACUUGAGAAUAUCCCCAAAUGGGAAGGGAAACAAUUUGAUUCUCCCAUGCCAAGUCCCUUUCAAGGUGGAAGUUUCACUCUUCCUUUAGGGGUCAUAAAGAAUGAAAUAGUUGCAGGAUCAUCACCCUUUGCCUCUGCCCUGUUGCAGCUAGAAGACAACAAAUUUCGGGACGAAACCAGUAGCCUGGCAACUGCCAAAGAUAGUGCAAAAGUGGAAGCCCCUCAGGAGAAUGAGCCUGACAGAAUGGCAGAAGCACCAGUCUCUGAGGCCAUGCCAUCAUCCAAAGAGGAUCACAUUCCAGUGGCAGAGAAAGUAUUAGGGGAAGAGGAGGCCCUCAUGCAAGAGAGUGUUUGUAAAAAUGAAACCACUGCCCUCACUGAACAGGAAUUAGAACAUAGGCAGAAGGAGCCUCAGUUAAACCAGGAAGAAACCAUUUCCGAAAAAGAAACCAGGCCUGAGGAAAAGGCAGAUGAAAAAACGGGCCCUAUUCAGACCUUCGUAGAGCAUGCUUUUUCAGAACAGAAAAGCCAGGAUUCGUUCCCAGGAAGUCUGGACAAAGGCAUGAUGGAACCAGUCAAACUGAGUGAAAAGAGUGCAAUCCAGGAUCUUUUUGAAGAAAAUAUUGCUGAGCAAGAUAAUAACAUUGAAGGAAUUGAGGCUGCAGCAUCAGCUGAGCUUCAGAUGCCACUUUAUGAAGAUAAGUCGGGCAUGUCCAAGUACUUUGAAACAUCUGCUUUGAAAGAAGAAGUCACAAAGAGUCUCCAGUCAGCGAGCGAUUACUAUGAACUGAGUGACACAAGAGAGAGUGCCGAAGAAGAGUCUUUUGAUACUCUGUCUCCUAUGUAUAAAGAUGGUGACAAGGGAUUUCAGGCAGGAAAAGAGUCCCAGCCCAGUGCUCCAGCUCAAGACUCUGGUUAUAGCACUCUCGCACAGGGUUAUCCUUCUGAAUUACCUGAAGAACCCAGUUCUCCUCAAGAAAGAAUGUUCACUAUUGAUCCCAAAGUAUACGGGGAGAAAAGGGAUCUCCACAGUAAGAAUAAAGAUGAUUUGACACUAAGCAGGAGUUUAGGACUUGGUGGUAGGUCUGCGAUAGAACAGAGAAGCAUGUCAAUCAAUUUGCCCAUGUCCUGCCUGGACUCGAUAGCCCUUGGGUUUAAUUUUGGCCGGGGGCAUGAUCUUUCUCCUCUUGCUUCUGAUAUUCUAACUAACACAAGUGGGAGUAUGGAUGAAGGGGAUGAUUACCUUCCAGCCACAACACCAGCAGUGGAGAAAGCUCCUUGCUUCCCAAUAGAAAGCAAAGAGGAGGAAGAACAGGUAGAGAAAGAGAAAGUUGCCAGAGAGGAAAAUACUCAAGUGGAGGCACCGUGCGAAUCGCCUUUCCUAGCCAAAGAUUUUUACAAAAACGGUACUGUCAUGGCCCCUGACCUGCCUGAAAUGCUGGAUCUGGCAGGAACAAGGUCUAGGUUAGCUUCCGUGAGUGCAGAUGCUGAGGUUGCCAGAAGGAAAUCAGUCCCAGCAGAAGUUAUGUUUGAGGAGAGUCGCACUGGCUUGCCGCCUGUCACCAAUGAAAACCAUGGCAUGGUCAAAGCAGACAGUCAACCUGAAGAUAUGGGCUACUGUGUGUUCAAUAAAUACACAGUACCACUCCCAUCCCCUGUUCAGGACAGUGAGAAUUUAUCAGGGGAGGGCGGUUCCUUUUACGAAGGCACCGACGAUAAAGCACGCAGAGAUUUGGCUGCAGACCUUUCGUUGAUCGAGGUGAAACUGGCAGCUGCUGGAAGAGUCAAAGAUGAGUUCAGCGCUGAGAGGGAAACAUCCCCACAGGUCUCUGUUGACAAAUCAGGACUGGGUAGGGAGUCAGAUCAGGAGAGGAAAGUUAGUGAUAAGCUGGAUACCGUACUCGAAAAGAGCGAAGAACAAGCCGAUGCAAAACAAAGUGCCAAGGAAACGGAAGGAGCCAGUGAUAAAGUGGAAACAUUUGGUCUCGGAGCAACCUCUGAGCAUGCCUCAGCCAAAGAACUGACAGGAUCAAAGGAUGCACCACCACUCCUGGCUGAGAAGGCAGAGAAAGGUCUUAGUUCAGUGCCAGAGGUAGCUGAAGUAGAAACAUCCGGCACAGCUGAACUGGAUUUUACCACCAAGAAAGCUGACCAGGGACCAUUGGAUAUUAAAAUCAGUGACUUUGGACAGAUGGCCUCAGGGCUAAACAUAGAUGCUGGAAAGGCUGCACAGGACUUCAUCUCCUCUCCUACAGUGUCCCGUGGAGCAGAGGUGUUCAUGGGUCUCGAGCCUGGUCCUCUGAAGGAAGGCACUAAAGUUAGUGAGACAGAAGUCAAGGAGAAGGUGGCCAAGCCAGACUUAGUGCAUCAAGAGGCUGUAGACAAAGAAGAGUCCUACGAGUCCAGUGGUGAGCAUGAAAGCCUCACCAUGGAGUCCUUGAAAGCAGAUGAGGGAAAGAAGGAAACGUCCCCAGAAUCUUCUCUGAUUCAGGAUGAGAUUGCCAUCAAGUUGUCUGUGGAAAUACCUUGCGCAUCUGCAGCUCCAGAGGAGGGAGCUGAUGUCCAGAUGGAAUUCAUUGAGCUGCCCAAAGAAGAAAGCAGAGAGACCCCAGAUAUAUCGAUUACACCGUCCGAAGUGACGGAAGCUAUCACAGCUCAAGCAGUUGAAGCUCCAGGGGAGGAAGAAGAAAUAGAGGCCCGGGGAGAGUAUGAUAAGCUGCUCUUCCGCUCCGACACCCUGCAGAUUGCUGACCUGGGAGCCCCAGCUGUCAGGGAGGAGUUUGUGGAGACCUGCCCAGGGGAACACAAGGGAGUGAUUGAGUCCGUUGUAACCAUCGAAGAUGAUUUCAUCACCGUCGUUCAAACCACAACUGACGAAGGGGAGUCGGGCUCUCACAGUGUGCGUUUCGCAGCCCUCGAGCAUCCCGAAAUGGACAGGAGACCGUCCCCUCACGCUGAAGAGGCAGCAGAAGCCCAGGCAGAACCCAGAGAUGGCUCCCCAGAGGCGCCGGCUUCCCCAAUGAGAGGCGAGCUUGACUAUAAGACGGACACCUAUGAUGAUUACAAAGAUGAGACCACCAUAGACGACUCCAUCCUGGAUGCUGACAGCCUCUGGGUGGACACGCAAGAUGAUGAUAGAAGCAUCAUGACAGAACAGUUAGACACUAUUCCUAAAGAGGAGAAAGCUGAAAAGGAAGCUCGGAGACCAUCUCUGGAGAAACAUAGAAAAGAAAAGCCUUUUAAAACCGGGAGAGGCAGAAUUUCCACUCCUGAAAGAAAAAUAGCUAAAAAGGAACCUAGCACAGUCUCCAGAGAUGAAGUGAGAAGGAAAAAAGCAGUUUAUAAGAAGGCUGAACUUGCUAAAAAAACAGAAGUUCAGGCCCACUCUCCCUCCAGGAAAUUCAUUUUAAAACCUGCUAUCAAAUAUACUAGACCAACUCAUCUCUCCUGUGUUAAGCGGAAAACGACAGCAGCAGGUGGUGAAUCAACUCAGGCUCCCAGUGUAUUUAAACAGGCAAGGGAGAAAGUUUCUAAUUCUACCUUGUCAAAGAUUCCGGCCUUACAGGGUAGCACAAAGUCCCCAAGAUGCAGCUCAGCCUGCCCUAGCACGACUAAAAGGGCUACAUUUUCUGACAGUUCUUUAACACAGCCCACCUCAGCGGGCUCCACAGACCGUUUGCCAUACUCAGAAUCAGGGAACAAGGAUGGAAUAACCAAGAGUCCAGAAAAGCGCUCUGCUCUACCAAGACCCUCCUCCAUUCUUCCUCCUCGCAGAGGUGUAUCAGGAGACAGAGAGGAGAAUUCCUUCUCUCUCAACAGCUCUAUUUCUUCAGCACGGCGGACUACCAGGUCAGAGCCAAUUCGCAGAGCUGGAAAGAGUGGUACUUCUACACCCACUACCCCUGGAUCAACCGCCAUCACCCCGGGCACCCCACCCAGCUAUUCUUCACGCACUCCAGGCACCCCUGGCACCCCUAGUUAUCCCAGGACCCCUCACACACCAGGAACUCCCAAAUCUUCUAUCUUGGUGCCCAGUGAGAAGAAAGUAGCUAUCAUCCGUACUCCUCCGAAAUCUCCUGCCACUCCUAAGCAGCUUCGGCUUAUUAACCAACCACUGCCAGACCUGAAGAAUGUCAAGUCCAAAAUUGGUUCAACUGACAAUAUCAAAUACCAGCCUAAAGGGGGGCAGGUACAGAUUGUUACCAAGAAGAUAGAUCUAAGCCAUGUGACUUCCAAAUGUGGUUCUUUGAAGAAUAUUCGCCACAGGCCAGGUGGUGGGCGUGUGAAAAUUGAGAGUGUAAAACUGGAUUUCAAAGAGAAGGCCCAAGCUAAAGUGGGUUCACUGGACAAUGCUCACCACGUUCCUGGGGGUGGUAAUGUCAAGAUUGACAGCCAAAAGCUGAACUUCCGAGAGCAUGCUAAGGCCCGUGUAGACCACGGGGCUGAGAUCAUUACACAGUCCCCCGGCAGAUCCAGCGUGGCGUCCCCCCGACGACUCAGCAACGUCUCCUCCUCGGGAAGCAUCAACCUGCUCGAAUCUCCUCAGCUCGCUACUUUGGCUGAGGAUGUCACUGCUGCACUCGCUAAGCAGGGCUUGUGAAUACUUCUCAUUUAGCAUUGAUGUAAUAAUAUUUAGGCAUGAGCUCUUGGCAGGAGUGGGCUCUGAGCAGGUGUUAUAUCCAUCCUUUACAAACCAUAAAAUAAAUAAUCUCAUUCCCGAACUGUAGUCAUUGUUACAAUUUUAUAAAAAAAAAAUGAUUAGCAUAUGCAGAAACUGACUUGAUUUCCAUUUGCAACAGGAAGACACUGGCUUUACAUGAGUACAAUCGGACAAUUACUUUUGUUCUGCUCUGUUUUGCAUGGAAUAUUAUUAUUUAAAAAAUUUGCAUUUUUACCUUUCAUGUGCCUGAAGGCUAUCCACUACAUUCUGAAAGGCCUUGUUAAAAAAAAUAAAAUUCAAGCUGCUCAUUUCACUAUUCUGUUGCUGGGUGAAAAGAUACAAGUUACCCGUUGUAACUUACAGCAGGUUAAAUUCAAUCAAGGAGUCUGAUUGCAGGAUGGGAAGAACAUGUAAGAAAUAAGUUUUUUUAAAGUGUUAUUUUGUAUAAAUGGGAAGAAAGAUUCAAUUAAGUUAUUAACAUUUGGGACCUGGAUAAUUAUUGCAGAGUAUAAAUCAGUCCAAUAAAUUAUUUAACUAAUUAAAAAAUAGUUCCGAAGCAUUUGAGCUGUGGUUGAGGAAGUGGUGUAUACAAGUGCAUCUCUUAGGAAUGAAGCACUUUCAUUAGGAUGGACUCGUGUCUGAUUAGAAUGUCAGUUGAUCAGCUAGAUUUGUGUCCACACUACCAGUUUCAUACCCCCUUUCCAUCUGUUUGAUACAGUAUUAUAGAUAUAAAUAUAUAUAUAUUUCUCUGUGGCCAUUUGUGAUACUUCCUCAUAUACUUGAAUAUUAUACUUCCUUAUUCACAGUAUCUGUGUCUCCUGCACCCUUUGGUGUUGCAAUUUUAGGUAUGUGAAAGUAGAUGUUAGCAGGGUCCUUUCCCUAUUUAAAAAAAUACAUUGAAAACGAUAAAAAGUUUUAGCAUGAAGUUGCUUUCUGUAACAACUCAAAGCUGUAACCCUGUUUUAGUGCCAGAUACAAGUCUCUCCCUUGAUGCUAGAGAAAUUUAUUUUUCUUUGCUUUCACCAACAUGGAGUUUGUGGGGGUGGGUCCAGUUAUACAUAAAGGGUUUACAGAUUGUUGGUUUCAGAUUAUGGCCUUAUCUUCUUUUGAAUCACAGAAUGAUCUGGGUUUUAUUUCUAUAAUCAUUCAUGAAACAGACUUCUUCGGAUUUCUUUUUGGUUUUUUUCUCACUUGCUAAAGUUGAAAUUAGUAAGAAUUUGAGACUUAUUAUUCUAUUCUUUUAAGUCAAACCUGUUUAUUCUCUGAGGGGAGAUUUUUUUUCUUUCUUACCCAAAAUAAAGAUCUCUUGAUCAUAAAGGGGGAGAAAAAAGAUUGUGUUGCUUAGGGGUCCCACCUGACAGUGCUGAGAGGUACUUUCUGCUUGAUGUUUGAGGAUCAUCCCUUAGCAGUGGCUGGGGAAUCACAGUGCCAGAGAUUAAACAGGGGACUCCUUAUGCAAAGUAUAUGCUUCAACCUUUAAGCUUUAGCCCUGACCCCAGAGAUGCAGUAUUUUGGGCAGCUAUAGCUACAAAACAUUGAGAUGCAGAUAUCAAAAGUUUUUUUUUCAGAAUUCCAACAUUAAAUAUAAGUAGAUAAAACUGUUCUGACUUUAGACACAGUCUAGAAUCACAAAUCAGUUGACUCCUCUCACCAAUCAUUCAUCUUAAUUGUAUGAGUAAGCAGUGAGAUAGCAGAUGGCUGACAUUAGGUAUUGAGUGACCAGGCUGGGUGGAUUCCUUUCAGUAUUUUAUCUGUUCUUUUACUUGCUCAGGACUGGUAGGUUGGAUCUGGAUAGUUGAAGGCAUAAGCUCCCGUAGAUUUUUAAUUUCUUUGAGCAAAAUCAAAUAAAAAGGAGGGGGAAAUGAUCAUGGACUGAGGUGAUAAGAAGGAUAGUAGCAUCUACAAACUAAGAGAUGCAAAAAUAUAGCCCUAGGUGGCAUUCUUUGACCCCUGGAUAUUGCAUCCAAUGUGAUUUUCACCUCUCAGAGCAAAUUAACACCAUUCUUCUCAACGAAGGUUUUGCAGAGGCAGAUAUGUCCAAAACUCUUUAUAAUUCAGUUAUUUUAUACAAGUUAAAAAUGUUAGAAGCUAUUAAGUCUUUGGGAUGUUACUAGUUCUGCCUAAUAUGAGAUUUGAUUUGAUUUGAGCAAUGUGGGAAUUUUAUUCUUUAGUUUCCCUUGAAAUGAACUAGAGAACAGAAGAAAGAACAGAAAUGUGGACACUGAUAGUAUAUUCUUUCAUGCUUGAGUGUGUUAGAACUUGACUAAAGUUCUCUAGAAAGAACUGAACAGCUGGUCAGAAUAGUUAAGCACUGAAACAAGUUUCUUUUUCAAUUGGAACAAAACAUUUAAAACUUAAGUAAACAUUAAAUAUUAAAAUUAAGCUUCUUAUAAUAUGUCCAAAAUAAAAUUAUAAGGCAUCCAGUUAUUAUGUGGCACUAUAAUGUUGAUUUAUUCUCACUGUAAAUUAUAUUAAGUAAAAAUUCUCAAUUCACAUGGAAGUGCAUUUCCUUAUAAAAAUUAGCAAAAGAAACUCACAGUGUACAGUAAAAGAGAGAAAACCACAGGCUAGAGUCUUCUUGUGGGAAUAAGGGGUGAAACCUAUCUUACUUUCACUCUCAAGAUUAACGACACAAAUUAAGCUUUUAGAACACCACUUUUGUGGGGGCAUCCAUACGCUGAUCUAGAAAUUAAAGCUUUCUGGUUUUAAUUCUAGAUCUAUCAAUGCCAGUUUCUCUCUGGCUUUAGCCUUUGAGAACCUGUUUAAGGAAACGUAACAAUCCAGAACUGACAAGAGUUGAAAGGUCCACUUUUUCCAUGGAACUCCUUCACUCUGGGUCUCCUGCAACCAAAAAUUGGGCACUGUACAAUGAUGCAGGAAAGAUCCGAGUUUUUGAUGAGUUUCAAAGACCUCGUUCACUUCAGAACCAACUCUCUCUGGAUUCUCCUGCUGACUUCCAGCAGGUGAUGGGUUGCAGUCCCACCCACAAGCAAGACACCUGUGUAAUAAUAACUAGAUUUGGCUGAAGAAGGUGGAAGGGAGAACUUUGCUAAGUAGAAGCAUAGACUCGUGUGCUCAUGAGCUUCUCCACACACUUACAUGGUUUAUGGCAGGAAACAGGAUCAACAGCCCAUCUCACAGCCAUGUCAGUAUUAAGAAAGAAUUGAUCUCAAUGUAGAAUUCAGAUAGAAGCUGUAGUUAUGUAUUUUGGCUCCGAUUUUUCAUGUGACCAAAAGGUAGAAAAUUAAUGAGACAGUGUCCAAGUGCUCCCCCAUCCAACCCAAUACAGAAAGGACAAAUUCAUGGCAUAAAAGGCUAGGUUUCAGCAUUCUUUCAGAUAUAGAUAUGCUAAAAUCAGUAUUAAUGUGAUUUGUUUAUGUUUUUGUUUUUAAACCCAGGAUUUUUGGCCUGGGUGUGUGGGUUGAGGCUAAGUCCCUCUGCAGGAAAAUGUUUAUUUUUAAACUCCGAAAUGUCUGCGGGGAAAAAGUUUAUUUUUAAACUCAGAAAUGUCAAUCAUAGAAAUCUACUUCAACUUUAGCAAAAAGAAAAAAAAAUCAACAAAAAGUAUACUCUGUAUGCUGGGAUUCCAAGGUUCCAACAUGCCACUACAAAUCUGUGGGGGGGUUUCUUUCUUCUGAUAAUUCUAGAGCCUGUUACCAUAGAAAGGCAUUUCUUCAAUGGCUGGUUGUAGUUAGUUCAUGUUUUUCAAUCAGAAUUUGCAAAUGUAUUUGUUGCUGUAUAGUGAUUGUUUUGCAAAAUAAAAUUGCUUGUCACCGAA